AUGACUACCACAUCUAAGGAUAAAGUCGAUACUAACAGUGCAACCAAAUAUACAAGAAAAUCAUUCUCCAAAAAUGAAUGGAAAGAGAAGGUAUUGGCUGAUAAAUUCGUCAUUAAUGAGUUAAUCUACAAUAAUAAUAAUACUUGUACUACUACUGCUAUUCCAACGACUAUUAGCUCCACUUCCAAACGAAGUAAUAUUCUAUCGACAGUGUCGAAUAAAGAACCUUCAUUAUCAAAAUUAUUACUCAAUUAUUUCAUCACAAUGGCUCAUGAAGAAUCAAGUAUAAGAAUGGCAAAAGAGUUGAAUUACAUUAAAAAUAAUAAGGAUCUUUUGGAAUUUAAUAGUCUUUUCAAAAUUAAGGAAAGAUCUGUUAUUAUACAUCUCAUUAAAUCAGGCAAUAUAAAUGGCGCAAUGGAUAAUAUUAAUAAAUCGUUCGGUUUGAGUGUUCUGGAAAGUAUCAACGAUGAGAACUCCACUGUUACUAAUAACAACAGUAACAACGAUAAUAAUGAUAAUAAUGAAGCAAUAUUGACUUUUAAUGAAUUUGAUGAAACUAAUCAAGAAUAUGAAGAAGAUGAUUUACAUUUCAAAUUGUUACUACUAAAUUUAGUAGAAAUGAUUAGAACUUAUAGAAAUGAGAAAAAAUCGAAUGAAAAUGAUGAUGAAUUUAUCUUAAAUUUGAUCAAUUACUCAAAGGAAAAAUUGGCAUUAAAAGCAUCAACAAAUAAACAUCAUAUGGAAGAAUUAGAAUUGACUAUAACUCUUUUAUUAUUCCCUAUCAAUGAUAAUUCAAACAUUAAAUUGCCUAAAAAUUUGAAAAAUUUAUAUUCUUUAUCACUACGUUCUAAAAUUGCUAAUUCUGUCAAUAAAAAAUUAUUAGAACAUAUUCAUCCAUACAUAACAAAUCAAUCUAAAUUUCCAGAUUUUGUUGGUGGGUUAACAGAUUCAGAUUAUAAUAAAGCCUCAAUAACAAAUAUUACCAAAAAUAUAUCAAAGUAUAAACCAAUAAUAAGAACAAAUACUAAUAAGACAAAAGAGAUUAUUGCAGCUUCAAUGGAAAUCAAAAGACAAGAGUUAAGUGGGAAUAAAGAAAUCAAUGAUAUUCAAAAUAAUUCAAUGGAUUCUCAAUUCGGUUCAAUAAGCAAUUCAAAUAACUAUUGGGCACAGACAAAACAAACCUUGUUCAAUAAUUUCAAUGACAUUAAUUCACACUAUGAUAAUUCUUUAAAGGAUAAAACAUUGAUAAGCAGUGAUUCAUCCUCGUCAUCGUCAUCUUCUUCCUCUGAUACUGCCUCAAAUUCAAAGAAGAAAUUUGUCAGAAAUAACAAUUUUUUCAACAACAUCUCAAAUUAUCAGUACGAAGCUAGAUUAAUACAGCUAAUGAAAUUAUGGGCUUGGUGUGAAAAUGAAUUACAUGCUCACGAUAUCGGCGUUCCUCGAGUGGAAGAUGAUAAUGUAUAA